GUUGAUGCUACAAACGACCUGCCCCUAGAAUGUGUUAUUAGGAGAGUGUUCCAAAGUUCUCAUGGAGAUGAAUGCAUGCUGCUUUGCCCAGUUGAUACGCCAGUGCAAAUACUGAAGAGUACAAAUUUUAAUGGAUGGUCAGCUGUGAAUGAUGAUGAAGUUGAAGCUAUCAUUCCUUCAGCUGCAUAUGCGCUUGCCAAAAUCCAUAUGCAUCUUGUUGUUAGUGGGUUUUGCUAUACUGCGAGAGGAGGGUUUUUCUAUUCUGAGGAGGACAUAAUUGAAUUGCACACAGAUGAUGGUCAAGAGAUUGAUGGCUUGCCAACUGAAGGUUUAGAAAUAACAUGCUUUAACUUGGAUGGGAUGCAUUACAUGAUAUAUACUCCUUCAGACCCAUUACUUUUUGUUGCCAUCAAGGAUAAGAACGGUAUUUUGCAUAUUGCUGAGGAUGAUCUAUUGGAGGACCCUGCUAUUGUCCGUGCCAUAGAUGAAGAGACAGAAUUCAAUGCUUUAGUGGUAUGCAGACUUUAUUCUCAUUACUGUUGCAUUUGUAGUUGUUAAACACGGCACUUUUAA